UCAUUGGACUGAACCUUGAGGUUUGUGUAGUGGAAAAUGUACAGCCCCACUGGUGGAGCACACCUUAUAAAGUGGACGGCAUCGGUGAGGUGAUCAAGCUCAAGACGACCUGCCGCUGACAACACAACAAAAUCUACUGACUUACAACAAUUACAAGACUCCAACAUGAGGAUUCACUGCAUCUUUAUCGCCUGUCUCGCUCUCUUUGCACUCUGCUCACUAGUGGCAAGCACCCAAAAUGCCCAAGGUCCUGAUAAAUGCUGCUUUUCUUUUACCAAUGUGAGAAUUCCUGUAAAGCAGGUUGUCGGUUACCAUACAACUCAUUUUGAAUGCCACAUGAGUGGAAUCAUAUUCAUCAUGAAAUCUGGAAAUGAGAUCUGUGCUGACCUGAACGAGAGAUGGGUUCAGAAACUGAAGAGCCGAGUGAAUGCUCGUUUAACCUGAAAGAAUAGACAGAGGCUGGGUAGCAAUUAAGAUUUAACUUUAACUUUUCAGUCAUUUUUAAGUCUUUUUUAUUUUAAGUAAAGAAACUAAAUUUACCUCCACAAUGCUGUUUAUCGACUGCUGAAAAGAUUGUGAUUAUACAUUUAAAGCAAAUGCAAAUGUACAAUUUUAACAUUUUAUUUGAAGUUUAACAUAACUAUUCACAAAUAAACUAUACAAAAGGCAUUUUGUCAGAAAUUAAAGUAGUAGGUAGAUGACAAUUUUUUUUUAAACCCUAAAUUUAUCACAUAACUAUAGACAGAGCAGAAAUGUACAAAAAUACCUGGAUUAUAAAAAUCUGUUGAGGAUUGAGAAAGUGUCAUACAACAUGCGGCGAGGAAUGGAUAUUGCUUAAGAUGCAUUGUAAAAGUCCCCGCGGAGGGGGGAUGUGUAAAGUGUAUUUACAUGUAUAAGAGCUAGCAUUUUAUGACAAUUGGUAUCUAUAAAAAAGCACUGACAUAAAAAUAUAUAUGUAUACAGUUGUUUCUUUUCUUGCCUCUCUCACUGUAUAUAUUUGUUUUUGUUUUUCUCAUCAUUGGUAUCCUUGUAAUUAAAACAAAUAAAAAUAAAAGUUAAAAAA